AUGAAUAAUAAUAAUAAUAAUAAUAAUAAUAGUAAUAAUAAUAAUAAUAGUAAUAAUAAUAAUAAUGGUAAUAGUAAUAAUAACUUCUUUUCGGGUAAAGGAAAUGCCUUAUCAGCUUACCAAAAUAAAAUCUUAAAUAUCAAAAGUAAUAAUAAUAAUGCUCACCAUUUUGUAAAUAAAAAUGUUCCGACUUAUUCUCCCCCCAAUAUUAUUAUGGCAAAUAAGAAAGGCGGAAAUUUUAACAACACAUCAGGAAAUAUAAUCAAUAGAUAUAAUGUAGAAAAUAAUAAUCAUCGGAAUACUUAUCAUCCUAGUAACAAUAAUACUAGGAAUAGUGUUAAUUUUUUAAAUAAAAAUAUAUUAUAUGGUAAUAACAACAAUAAUAAUAAUAAUAAUAAUAAUAUAAAUAUAACAAACAUUAGUAAUAAUAAUAAUAAUAUAAAUAUAACAAACAUUAGUAAUAAUAAUAAUAAUAUAAAUAUAACAAACAUUAGUAAUAAUAAUAAGCAACCCAUUUCGUCUAAUCAGCAUCCAUAUCAACAAAAACAAUCACAUCAUCAUAAUAAUAGUAUUAAUUAUAAUGAAUAUAUGGAUGAAAAAAAUAUGAAUACUUCUCAAAGUAUAUUUAAAAAUAUGACGAUACAAAGAAAUUCACAACAAUUUAAUACAUCCGAUUUUGUUAAUAAUAUAAAUAUUAUGAACGCACCACAUAUCAAUGAACAUAGCAAUAUAUACAAACGUAAUAGUUUAAAUAUUGUAAAUAAUGCACAUAUUAUAUCUAAUAAUAUGAAUAUACAAAGCAACCGAAAUAGUAAUAUAUCUUUUCCACAAAAUAUGAAUGCAAAUAUAGGAGGGUUAAAAAAUUCAAACCAUAAUUUAAAUAAUAUAGAAAUGAAAUACAACACAUUAAACAAUAAUAUGAAUAGUAUAAAUAAAAAUACAAAUAUUACUAAUGUUGGAACAUUAAAUAUUCAAAUGAAAAAUAAUCCUAUGAAUGUUAAUAUAAAUCAAAAUAAUUAUAAUACGGAUUUUUAUGUAAAUGAAAAUAAAGUAAAUUCGAAAAACAAAGAAAAUAAUAAUAACCAUAUAAAUAUUGAAAAAAUGAAUUAUAUUAAAUCAAAUGUAUAUCUAGAUAAUACGUUAGUUCAAGUAAAUUCAAAUAAUAAUUAUAAUAUGGAUAAGAAUAUAUUGAAUAAUAAUAAUAAUACAUAUAUAAUAAAUGAUAAGAAGAAUUCGACUGUAAAUAAUAAUAUAACUAAUAUGGAUAAUAAUUUGGUUCCUGGUGUUAUGUCUUCUAUGAAUAUACCAGAUGAUAUAAAAAAGCGAAAGAAAAAGGAAAGAAAAAAAAAUGAAAAUAUAUAUAAUAAUAGAAAUAAGAGUAGUAUUAAUACAGAAGAACAUAAUAAUAAUAUUAUAGAUGUUGCAAACCAAAAUAGUGAACAUUUUUUACAAAAUAACAAGCAAUAUGGUAAUAUUACAAAUAUACAAAAUAAUAAUUUAAGUCAUGAUAUGAAUAAUUAUUCAAUUAACAAUUCUACAACAUCAGAUGUUAUAGGUAUUGUAGAAUUAUAUAAAAAUUCGUUAAGUAGUAAAGCAGUAAACAAGAAAAAGUCCAAAUUGAUUAAAGACGUUAUAGACGAUAAUAAAAAAAGAAAUAAAAAAGAAAAAAAAAAAACCAUUCCAAAUAAUGAUUCCAUAAUAAAUGAUAUGAAUAAAAAUAAAAAUGUUGAAUUAUUAAAUGAAACACAAAUAUUUGAUAAUAAAAAUUAUGAUAAAAAUAAUGACAUACAUAAUAAUAUUUAUAAUAGUAAUGAUAAUAAUUUAAUUCAUAACAAAAAUAAUGUGAAUAAUGACCAUACAAAUAUUAAAGAAGCAAAUAAUAACAAUAAUAGAAAAUCUGAACAUUCAGAAAAAAAUAAAGACGUACAUAAUUAUUAUUAUGCUAAUAAUUAUCAAUGUAUAACGGAUGAAAAAAAUAAUAAGCAAUAUAUUUUAUGGAAUAAUAGAACUAUAGAAGUAACAUUUGUAUGGUUAUUUAUAACUAAAGAGUUUAAUGAAAAUAGAAAGAAAUAUACAGCUUUUUUGCCUUAUCUAAAACAUUUCUAUCCAAAUAGAUUAAAGGAUUUAAUUGAACAGUUAGAAAAAUAUUCACUUUUGAAAUUUAAUUAUAUUAUGCAUAGCUCCUACAACAUGCAGGAGGAAUAUAACAAGAAUAAAGAACCCAACAACAUCAAUAGUAAUGAUAAUAAUAAUAAAAAUGAUGAUAAUAAUAAUAAUAAUAAUAAAAAUGUUGAUGGUAAUAAUAAUAAUAAUAAUAAUAUCAAUUCUAACGAUAAAGAGGUUCUAAUGAAUGGUAUGUUACUUUCAGAUAAAUCUACAUUAAAUUCGAAUAAACAAAUAGACAAUACUCUUAUUAAUAAUAUAAAUAGCGGUUUUAAUAAUAUUAUAAAAAACAUGAGUAUUGAUGAUAAUACUAUAAGAAGUAUUAUGGACAAUAUAGAAAAUAUUACAAAGGGGAAAAAGAAGGGAAGAAAAAAAAAACAAACAUUAGAAAAUAAUGGUGAUAACAUUAAAGAAGAUAUAAAAAGUAGUAAAAAGGACAAGAAAAAGGAUAAUAUUAAUGAUAAUAAUAAUGAUAAUAAUAAUGAUAAUAAUAAUGAUAAUAAUAAUGAUAAUAAUAAUGAUAAUAAUAAUGAUAAUAAUAAUGAUAAUAAUAAUAAUAAUAACAAUAAUAACAAUAAUAACAAUAAUAACAAUAAUAACAAUCAUAACAAUCAUAAUGAUAAUAAAAAUAAUCAGGGUGAUUCAAAAAAUGAACAAGAAAAGAAAAAAAAAACCAGACAAUAUAGAAAGAAAAGUAAAAUAACAAACGAUGAUAAUAAUGAAAAGAUAAAACAAGAUAAUAUAAAUUCCAACAAUCCAAAAAAUGAUUUAAAAAACAAUGAAAUUAUAUGUAGUGAAGAGAAAAAUAUGAAAGAGGAUAACAUUCCUGAUGAUACACAUUAUAAAGAAAAAAGAAGAAAUACUUUUAAUUUAUUUAACUUAGAUGAAGGUACUAUAAACAUGGAUCUAUUCAAUUUGUCGUUGUUAGAAAAUGAUGAUGCCUUAAAUAAAAAGGAAAAUGAUAUGGUAUCAAAAUCGAAUAUACCUUCCUCCUUUUCAUCACCCCCCAAAGAAACUAAUAAUAAAAAUGACAUAGACAAAGAACAAAGUGACAAACAUAAUAAUGUUCAAGAGUUUCAGAAUUUAAAUAUGAACAAUGAAAAAUCAAAAGAUUUGUAUUUUAAUAAGAAUGAUAUCGAUAAUAAUGAUAAUAAAGAUAAAAUAAUAAAUGAAACAAGCUCAGGAACAUUUAUGCAGAACCUAAAGGAAACGUUUUAUGAAAAGACAAAAGCAAUGUUUUCGAAUUUAUUAUCCGAUACAAAAAUAAGUAAAGAUGACGAAUUAAAUAAUGAGGUAGAUCAAAAUUGUGUAAAAACAUCAAGUGGUAUAUUAAAUAAGGAAGAAAAUAAUAAAAAGGAAGACGAUGAAAAACAUUUUGAUGAUAACACAAAUGAACAAAAAAAAAAUGUGGACAAUGGGGAAUAUAACGAAAUGACUGCAGAACCAGGAAGAAAAAAGAGAAAAAAGGAUGUGCUAGAAAGGAAGAAAAAAAAUCUGAAUAAAGAAAUUAUAAAGAGUGAAAAACGAAUACGAAAAUAUAGGACUAAAAAAAUGUUAUUGAAGGAGGCUAUGGAAAAAGGUAUAUCCAACAAUAUUGUUGAAAGUAAUAUAACAGCAAAUAAUAAUAAUGAUAAUAAUAAAAAUAAUGAUAAUGAUAAUAAUAAUAAUAAUAAUGAUAAUAUUAUUAAUAAUAAUAAUAAUAAUGGUGAUAUGUUUUCUAAUUCGUAUGAUAAUUCAUAUAUUAAGGAAAAUAAAUAUAAUAAGAAAUUGUGCUUCCCACAAAAUAAUUUAUUAAGUGAUUUCAGGAGUGAACCAAUAAUAAUACAACAAGAUAAAAGAAAAAUAAUAAAAAUAAAUACCAUAAAUAAAAUAAAAAGAAAAUAUAAGAAAUUCCGUUUCUGUAUAAAUAAAGUUUUUAAAAAAAAAAGUAUAAAUGAUAUUAUUGCAUUAAAUGAAAACAUACAUAAAAAUAAAGAUUUAUUAACUCUAUUUAAAAAGAAAGAUCUUGCUAAUUUAAAGAAAAAAAAUUUAUCUUUUUUUAUGGAUACAUUAAAACUUGAAAAAAUUGAUAUGUUAAUAAUGAAGAGAAUACAAAUGUGUUUAGAAAAAAUCAAAAAUACUCUCCUUCUUACAUGUACAAUUAAUAAUGUUCAAGAAAUUGUGAACAUUUUGAAAAAGGCUUUUGAAAAGAGGUUAUAUUUAAUGUGGCCUCUAAUUGAAUUUUCUAACAAAUAUAGAUUAGAUCAGUAUUUUCAUUUACUUGGUAAAAAUAAAAAUCAUAUCAACUCGUCUUUUAAGGAUACAAAGCUUUUCGUUCAUCAGAAUAUAAGCUCAUUAAUCCUAUAUUUUAAUCAACGAUCUAUGGACGACAAAUGGGUCGAAUAUUUGAAAAGUCAAAUGAAACCAAAACGUCGGAGGAGGAAAACAAAAAUGAAGGAGCAAUUUUUGGAAGACAAACCAAUAGAUUACUUGAAUACUAUGAACAGUCAGCAUUCGAACAAUUUUAUUGGGGAAAAUUUUAGCGAAAUUGAGACUGUGGAAUCUAAGGCCAACGAAUACGCAUUUGUUGGUUAUAAUCAAAAGAGGUUGUUAACCCAAAUAACACCAUAUGAUUAUAGAGUUGUUUUAAAUUCCAAUUUUUGUAAUAAAUUUUUUACCCCGAAUUGGAGAGAGCAACAAAGCAUUUUUAUAGACAAUCUUCAUUUCGAUAUGGUACCCGACACUGAUGAAAUAAAAAAACAUUUUGAGAAUGUGUACAUAAGAUAUAUGGAAUAUGAUGAGGAGAAAUUAAGAAGCAAAUCAGAUACUAAAUCUAAAGAGCACAAAAAAAAAGAUAAAAAAUAUAAAAUGUUAUUUAAAAAAAAAGAAGGAAAAGGUAAACCUGGAAGGAAAAAAAAAAUAAAAUUGGAAAUUGAAAAUGUGUCUAACGAAAUAAAAAUUAAAAAACCCAGAAAAAAAUAUGAAAGAGUGAAACCAAGAAAAAGUAAGAAUGCUAUGAUGAAUGAAGAAAAAAGUGGAAAUUCUGAGAAGCAAAUAAAUAAUGUAUUAAAUGUUACAAAUAUUGAAAAUAAACAUAAAUCUAAAAAAGGAAGAAAACCAAAAGAAAGUAAUUUGAAUAAUUUAAAUAUUAAUGAAGAUAUAAAUGUCGCCAAAGCUAGUCCUGAUACCUUACAUAGAGCAUCCUUAGAAUUUAUGAAUCCUAAUUUAUUUACAUAA